AUCACAACUCCCCCGUUUCAACUUUCAAGUUUCAACACACGACAUCACUACACCGAAUCCACGACGACGCCACUUUUAAACAGGCAGAGCUUUGUAUAUAAAAUUGCAUAAAUUAUCAGACGUAUUAAAGAAAAUAAAAAAAAAGUCUGGAUUUUACUCAGCAGCCGGCCGCUAAACGUUAAAAAUUGCAACCGGAAAAUGUCUAUGCUGCUGAGUUGUUUUCCAUGAGUUGAGACUUGAGAGCGUUUUUCUAACUCGAGCCAUUAUAAUUUUUUCCAACAAAAAAAGAAUUAAAAAAUUGUUGUUAAGGGGGCUUUUCUGGUAGAAAAGCAAGGAAAUCGAAAAUGGCGGUGGGCCGGAGGGAGAAGGGCAGCCAAUCAUCGUCCCGGGGGUCGCGAAUCGCGGCGGCGGUUGGGAUCGGAGUGGCUUUGGGAUGCGUGUUUGCGUUUUUGUUCCCCCAUGGAUUUUUCUCCUCCAAUCAGUCGACCCGCGUUCGUUCCCUUUCGAAUUCCAAUCUUCAGGUUGAUCCAUCUGCUUGUGAGUCAACCGAGAAAAUAAACCAACUCAAGUCCAACCUCAUGACUUUAUCAGACAAAAACGUCGAGUUGAAAAGGCAAAUCCGAGAAUUAAAUGAAAAGCUAAGAUUAGCCGAGCAAGGCAAGGAUCACACGCACGAGCAAUUUCUCGUGUUGGCCAAAGAACCUCACAAAGCCGGGCCUUUUGGCACUGUCAAGGGUUUAAGGACAAACCCUAGCAUCCUACCAGACGAGAGCGUAAACCCACGACUCGCAAAAAUCCUUUCAAAAAUUGCAGUUCGCAAAGAGCUCAUAGUUGCUCUCGCCAAUUCAAACGUGAAGCCCAUGCUCGAGCUCUGGUUCACCAACAUUAAAAAAGUGGGCAUCACUAAUUACUUAGUCGUGGCAUUAGAUGACGAAAUUGUCGAUUUCUGCAAGUCGAACGAUAUCCCCUUUUACAAAAGGGACCCAGACGAGUUAAUCGACUCCGUGGGGAAAACCGGCGGUAAUCACGAGGUCUCGGGACUUAAAUUUCGAAUCUUGAGAGAGUUUUUGCAGUUGGGCUAUAGCGUUCUUCUUUCGGAUAUCGAUAUUGUGUUUCUGCAGAACCCUUUUGAUUUCUUGUACAGAGAUUCUGAUGUGGAGUCGAUGUCGGAUGGACAUAACAACAUGACAGCUUAUGGGUUUGACGACGUUUUUGACGAGCUGUCAAUGGGCUGGGCCCGUUAUGCACACACGAUGAGGAUUUGGGUUUAUAAUUCUGGGUUUUUCUACAUAAGGCCCACGAUUCCGGCUAUCGAGCUUUUGGACAGGAUUGCUGGCAGGCUUGCUCGGGAGAAAUUGUGGGAUCAAGCUGUUUUUAACGAGGAGCUGUUUUACCCUUCGCAUCCGGGUUAUGUGGGGCUUUAUGCGUCAAAGAGGACUAUGGAUUUUUACCUGUUUAUGAACAGUAAGGUUCUUUUCAAGACUGUUAGGAAAGAUGGUAGUUUGAAGAAACUGAGGCCGGUUAUUGUUCAUGUUAAUUAUCAUCCGGAUAAGUUUCCGAGGAUGAAAGCUGUUGUGGAGUACUAUGUGAAUGGGAAGCAAGAUGCUCUGGAUCCGUUUCCUGAUGGUUCUGAGUCACUGUGACAGAUGUUUUUACGUGUUUAUGUGAAAAUUUUCUCUCGUUUUUUUCAAGGCGCAAAGAACGAUGGAUCUUUUUUGAGCAACAUGUCUGUGUUAUGUUAUGUUAUUACUUUUUUUUUUUUUUUCAGUUUAAU